UCCCUGCAAGGUGUGUAAUCCUGCAAAUAAUAUUGUAGGCAUAUAUUUAUAUAGGCUAUGCGUACAUAGUGUACUAGAGUGGAAAUCUAUAUGUCGACCGACCUUUUAAGUUACUGCAAAUAAACGAUCGAGAUAUAUUGGUACUAUUUCGUUAUUGGAGAAGCAAGAGCACUAAUUCAGCAGUCUAUUCUAUGUCGUCUACAUCUCAUUAUAAGAAUUGAAACACUUUCAUGACGUGAAGCUACCGUUUUGAAACAACGCGGAACUAUGGAAAAUACAACGGAUCUGUCCCAAUACAGUUGGACAUGGGCUCCUGUAGCUUGGGAAUGGUGGGAGAUCCUCCAACUAAUCUUGGCUAUAGUCGGCAUCCUGGGCAACUUCCUGGUGAUGAUAGUCCUGCUUCGUCCAAGGCAUCGCCGAUGCGCCACCGAUACGCUCAUCGGAGCUCUGGCCGUCGCCGACUUUCUGACGUCCAUCUUCAUCAUCCCCCACCAACGCGUCAUCAGUCUCCCGGACACCCCCGGAGGACAGUUCUACUGUAGGAUCAUACACUCAUCCGUCUUGAUGUGGAUCUCCAUAUGCGCUUCCAUCUUCACCCUGACAACCAUCUCCAUUGAGAGGUUGGCGGCAGUCAGGUAUACGUCUCUGCAUCAAGUUUUGUUCACACAUACACGUAUACCUAUCCUCAUCGUUGCAUUGUGGAUUCUGGCUUUCGUCAUCAACACUUUCAGCCUCUAUGUCCACUUCGUAGAGGGCGGUGUCUGCGUCACGCAGUUUCCUUCUCCGGAUUUCCAGAAGUUCAUCGGCGUGUCUUUAUUCAUCAUCGAGUACGUUGUCCCAAUUGUCAUUAUGAUCACCGCCCACUCGAUGACGCUGUACAGUCUCCGACAACAAGGUCAGAGGUCAGAUCAAGGUCAAGAGCCGAUAGCAUCAAAGCUUAAAGAGGCGCAACGUCGUGUCCUACAGAUGCUGCUCAUCGUCGUCAUCAUCUUCAUCGUCUGUUGGACGCCGGAUCAGUUCGGCUUCUUGGUGUUCAACAUCGGCGUCGUUGACGUCAGCCAUCUCUUCAGUCCCCUCUACCGAUGUUUCGUCGUCCUCGCCUUCGCAAACUCCUGCGCCAAUCCGUUCAUCUAUGCUGGGAGGAGUCCGGGCUUCAGAAAGGCUUUCUUACAGAUGUUUGGCGGGAAGAGCCGUCACUAUGGAGCUCACUCAGUCUUUGCGGAUCUGAUCGACGAUAGUAAUACGACGGUUAACGCAACAAACCUCGGUGAAAUUGACAAAAUUUAG